UGCUGUCUGCCGGCUGCCUCCUCUGCAGCCCAGCAGAUGACACGGCCGCGUACGAAGUGAUUAUGUUACAGAUACGUCACUGACAGGCUGCCUGCAGACAAAGGAGUAAUCAAUGAGAAGAACUAGGAGAAACAGCCAGAGUCUCCUCCAGGAUCUCUUUUAUAGAGGGGUCCACGGAGAGGACAGAGAUACCCCUAUCCCAGCUCAGCCCGGGAGAGAUGCUAAAAUGAUUUACUCCAUCGCUAGCCUGAUCAGAGCGAAGAGCAAACUCCUCGUCCUCGAGAGCCCUGACACUGUGGAGAUCUACAAGCUGGAUGAUGCAACAACCCGUCCGAGCAGAACAGGUAAAGACGAUGUUAACCUGCCAGCCAUCACAACGAAGGCGUCGAGUCUAAGUUCACUCAGAGGGACGCUGAGUCAGUCCUGUCCUUACCUGUAUGACAAAAGAAGAGGGUCUUUCUCAUCGGUUAACUCUCAGAGGACUGGGGUUCACCCCAAAAAACAGAAUAACCUAAAGGCACAAAAAGAGGCCAAGAAAUCCAACGUCACUGUGACAAUGACCUACCUGGGACAAGGUCGUCGGGGGUCAGGGUUGGGGUCAACUCAAGAUGAGCUGAAAGUACUCCAGCAGGUCAACGGAGGGGAGAACAUCUGUGUCUUCAAAGGCGUGGUGACUCCCGGAGAGCAGUUCCAGUUCAUCUCUCAGAGGCACAGAGGUUUCCCCUUCAGUGCUACGUUGUACGUUAAUGGCAUCAUGGUGGCCAGAAUCAGUUCCUGCUGCGAGUACCGCUACGCUCCCGGCUUCCAGCAGGGCAGGAAGAGCUGCUUCAGACUGGCCUGGCUGGCUGGUGGGCUGCCCUGCUACAGAUGUACAAGUCUCCGAAACAAAAACAGCUCCUGCCAGCAGUUGAAAAACAGCACAAAGGAGAACUUGAUUCUCCCUGUAGAGCAGAGCCCUGGCAAUGGCUCUGCAGAGUCAUGUCCAUCAACCCCUCUGUUUAUCCCAGCCAAACCAGAGAAGAGAUCAUCAAGGAGGACGAGAAAACACAUCAAGGAUGGAGGUGGUGGAUCUACAGACAGCGAAGACCCCGCUGUAGCAGGGAUUAAAGAGACCUCCAAGAAGAAACGACGAAAGGGUCAAACUAAUCAGAAAGAGAGCAAAGGCAAGACAGCUAGAAAGAAAAUGGAAGAGGAAAGAGACAGCAAGGGCUCGGAGGUCUCGCAGAGGUCAACGGCGACAGUAAAAUGUGAAGAACAAGCAUUGAAUCCAAGACAUGAACAGAUACAGAAGAAAACAACCGGCAAUGUAAUGGCGCUGCAGACAGAGAAGCCAACAUUAAACAAGACAAGCAAGGUUCUUUAUUCAUUGCAGGAUGAGGAAACGCUGACUAAGCGGAAUGGAGAGAAACAGAAGGAGCUGGGAUCAAAUGGGAAAAACAGAGACGGGGAAAGACUGAAGGACUUCUAUAAAGAAUGUGUGGAAAUGAGCACCGCGCUGGAGAAGGGCCCGAACAAACACAACUGGUUCAAGGCAAACAUCCUGGAGAGGUGCCGCCUUCAGAAGAGCCUGUCAUCGUUCCCUGGAGCGCCAGGCUCAGAUGUGGAGCGCAGUGCAGAAAGUGACACGGUCCUGCAGCCUGAUGGAGAGCCAGAGGAAGAAGAGGACACGGCCAGCCAGAGUGCUGGCAGAGAAGAGCCUGUUAGAGAACAAGACCUGCAGGCGCAGCUGGACGCCAUGAUGACGGUGCUGAGCACGUCCGAUGAGGUGGAGCAGCUGGUACUGAGGAACACAGACCUUACAGACGAGCUUCUGCUGAGCCUGGCGGGCGCCCUGAAGAGCAGCCUGUCCGAGGUCACGCUGCUAAACCUCAAUCUGAACCUUAUCGGCCCAUAUGGGGCCCACAUCCUGCUGGACGUUCUGAGAGUGAAGCCUCAGGUCAGAGGCUUACACUUGUUUGGAAACAAACUGCGUGACCAUGGAGUGCUGACCCUGUUGAAUGGAAUUGCUGAGCUGCAGGAGCAAACAGCAAGAGCUGCUGCUGCCAUCCAGCAGGCCAUGCUCUUCCCAUCCGAGCAGAAUAUGCUUCUUCAGCUCCCCACUGGGUGGAGCUCUUUCAGGGUUUUUACGCUUUUAGAACUGGAUAUUGGGGGAAAUGGCUUGAGCAGCGACGGUGUGAAGGUGUUAGCAUCAUAUAUGAAGCACCACUCAUGCCUUCAGUACUUGGGGCUUGCUCAAACCAGCGGUGCUGAUCUGGCGGCGUGGAAGGAGCUUUUCGACAGCCUCAAAGGAAACAGCUCCCUGUCUCAAAUCAUCUUAGACGAGAACAACUUGGGAGACCCAGGGGUCAGGCUGCUGGCCGACAUGCUGAAAGAGAACUUGAGUCUGCGACAGGUGGAUCUGGACAGGAACGGCAUCAGUGACGUGGGAGGAAACGACAUCAUAGGGGCGUUGCUUUGCAGGAUACAGUUCCCACUGAGCCAUCUGAGCCUUCAUGAGAAUGACAUCAGUGCAGGACUAAUGAGUAGGAUACAGGAGGAGGUAAAAUGGAAAUGAAUGGAGUGGAGGAAUGCACUAUAAAAACCUAAUACCCCUUUUCCACCUUGGCAGUUCCACGGUGAGUUUAGAGCCAGAGCCCAAUUGCAAAAAACAUUUUUAUGUUUCCACUGUGACGGCUCUUGGCCCCAAAGAUUGGUUCAACUUCACCACCAACAUUUUGCCUGGCACAAAGAGUCAAGUGCUUCAUAUGUAGGAAAUUUACGUCAGAGCCAGGGACUGGAUUUACGUGAGCAACAACAGUUCAUGGCGAGUACAAUGAGUAGAAAGGUGUUGCAAAAGUUGUGCUUGCUAUUUAAUGUGGCUUUGUAAGUAAAAGAGCAAAAAUAAUAAACAGCUCGAAAGUAGUUUGCAAUGGCUGUUGGCUUUGCUGGGAGAGCAGCGACAUAAGCGGAGACGUCAGGCUCUAAAGUCUAAACCAUGGAAAAGCAUAAUGGCUCUUAAGGUGGAUUGCAAGUUGCAACUACAAACGGAAAAUUAGACUCAUUGUGGAACUGGAUAAACAGGGAAUAAAGAACUCAUAAGAUCUUUUGUUUACAUUUUGAGGUCAGAAAGAAAAAAAUAACAGCCUGACUCACUCGACAUGUUUGACCUUCAAACACACACACAAAGGUCUCGUCCUUCCUACAAGUGGGUGGCCCCGCCAACAAUUUGCCGCAUCUUAGUUUAGCCCAGGCAGGUAGUGUGGGAGGCGUGUUUGCUUUAGAGCUGCACCGUGGUCUGGAUGCAUUUUCAAAGACAUGAACUGAACCUUUCUUCUUUGUGGUGAGGUUUCAUCUUUACCUUGAGUUUUUUUUCUUCGUCUUCCCACCAGCGUUAUCACUCCUUACUUCACACCUCCUACUGAUUCUAGCAUAGGGCUGAUCGCUGUGUCAUUUUAUUGAAUAAUUUACUGACAAAAAAGAAACCAGUGAUUCAUUCCACCCACAGUUUUUACAGGUCAUGGAUGACUUACCCACAACGUUUUUCUCCCCUAGAACAUUUCAGUACUCCUUUCUCCACUUCUACAAAUCAAAAGAGUGUUAUGUACAGCUAAGCUAACGUCAACUACCCUCAUUUUGUCCUUCCUGUGUCUUUGUAUGCUAUACAGAGCUUCAAUUGA